AUGACUGUCGCCAUGACCGAACAAAAGCAGGAUCUAUCCCUCUCCUCAGAGCACGUCGACGAGAUCAUGCCAGCUAAAGCUGAAGAGGCUGUUAGCAACGGACUUGGCAUGACGGAUGAGCAGUAUGAUACCACUGAGAAGAGGCUCGUUCGUAAACUGGACUUUACUCUUCUUCCUAUGGUCUGGCUUCUUUACUUCUUCAAUUAUCUUGAUCGAAACAACAUCGCUCAAGCGCGUCUUAGUACCUUUGAACAAGACCUUGGUCUCAAAGGCAACCAGUUCAAUGUUGCAGUGUCAAUCCUGAACGUCGGAUACAUGCUCAUGCAACUCCCCAGUAACAUGCUUCUUACUCGAACCCGCCCGUCGAUGUAUAUUCCAGCCUGGACUGCUUUAUGGUCCAUCGUGUCAGCAGCUACUGCUGGCGCUGGUACUUACACUCACCUGAUUGUCAUCCGAUUCUUCCUCGGUAUCGCAGAAGCACCCUUCUUCCCAGGCGCCAUGUUUCUACUCAGCUGCUGGUACCCACGAAAGGAACUUGCCCUUCGAACCGCGAUCCUAUACUCCGGUGUUCUCCUCGCAACUGCCUUUUCAGGUCUGAUUGCUGCUGGUGUUCUGUCAGGCCUUGAGGGCGCUAGAGGUAUGGCUGGUUGGCAGUGGCUGUUCAUACUUGAGGGUGCUGGAAGCUUUGUGGCUGCCAUUGUUGCCUUCUUCGUGCUGCCUGACUUCCCUGGACAAAAGACCGGAGCUAUGAAGUGGCUUCUGUCUGACGACGAGCAGAAGGUGGCCGUUGAGCGUAUCAACAGAGACCGUGUUUCUCUUCCAGAUGCUGAUCAUGGUGUCUUUGCCGGUUUGAUGAUGGCUGUCAAGGAUCUUCGAACCUGGGUCUUUGUCUUCAUGCUUACGGCCAAUCAUAGUGCUUACGGCUUCAAUAGCUUCUUCCCCACCAUCGUCAAGGGGUUCAAGCUCGGCAACACAACUCUUACGCUCAUUCUGACUGCCCCUCCAUACCUCGUCGCGACCGCGACAGCCUUUGCCACAGCAUGGUCCAGCGAUCGCCGCAAGAACCGAGGCUACCAUAUCGCCAUCCCUCAAGCAGUCGCUUGUAUCGGCUUCAUCAUCUCCGUUGCCACGCUCAAUAACGCUGCCCGUUAUGCAGCAGCCUUCCUUUACAUCUGCGGCUGUUUCUCAUCCAAUGCUAUGGUCUUCAGUUGGGCUAGUUCAACUCUCAACCAAACGCCUGAGAAGCGCGCUUGCGCUACUGCCAUUAUCAAUCUUCUCAGCCAGCUUGGUAAUAUCUGGAGCCCUUACUUCUUCCCUGUUAGUGAUGGACCGCGCUACAUCAAGGCCAAUCUCCUCAUGAUGGCUUUCUCGGCGCUUUCAGUCGCGACGUGUGUGUUUAUGAGAUUCAGCUUGCAGAAGGCGAAUAAGAAGCUUCGAGAGUCUGGGGAUGGUAUCAACUUGUUUACCCUAUAA